AUGGGUGAAGCACAGAUGAUGUGGCACACUGGAUGGGAGAAGCAUGAUGGGCAGUUGCGUGAUGGACACCAUGAGUGGCUGAAGCGCACCGAUGGCGUUUUCUGGCCGGUACCCGGUAACCGUCAAUUCUCCCUGGAGGCCACAGCUUAUGCCCUGCUGUCUCUGGUGAGGGCUGGGGAGCUCAACAGGGCUGCUCCCAUCGUCCACUGGCUAAAUGAACAACAGUUUUAUGGAGGGGGGUAUGGAUCCACACAGGCUAACCUGGUGGUGUACCAGGCGUUGGCGGAGUACUCCAUCCAGGUCCGACUGAAGCAGAGGGAGAGCAGCUCCCUGGAGGUCACCCUGAACAACACGGCUGGCCACACGCACUCAGCAGCUGCACCCCUCACAUGGACCUUCACACAGGCAAACACACCACUGCAACGCUCAGUGAAGGUCAGAUUGGACAGAAAUAUGACCGUGACAGCCAAAGGAAAUGUAAGAGGUAUUCUGUCUGUGAUGACAAUGUACUAUUCCAUGCCCAGAAAGGAGGAGGAGGGAUGCCACCACAUGAAACUGGAUGUCUCUUUUCAGAAAAUACCUCAAGGCUCUACCUCUGAAGCACUGGGGAUGUAUUUACUCACGGUUGAUAUCAUGGCCAGUAUCAAAGACAAUGUUGUCUCCACAGCGCUCCUAAACAUUGAAAUACUGACAGGAUUUUCUGUAGACAGGGAAGACCUGCAAAAGUUGGCUGCUAACAAGACCUGGGAUAUUGAAGAGCUGUCACCGUCACAGAGCAACAUUCUUAUUUACAUGAAUGAGGUGUCCUCUGUGAGGCCAGAGAGGUUUGCGUUGCGUAUGCACCAAGUGGCUGACGUGGGUUUGCUGCAGCCCGCAGCAGUAUCCCUGAGAGAACACACUUUACAGGAUGCGGUCUGUUUGAAGUUCUACCACCCCCAAAAGAUAGAUGGCACCCUUGGCCUGAUCUGUCACCAGCAUGUCUGCAAAUGUGCCGCAGAGAGCUGCGCUGUGCAGAGGACAGAGGUGCCUGAAGGAGUGACUCGAAAUAACAUCUCUUGUAUACAGUUCAGAGACUAUGUUUACAAGGUGACUGUGGGGGACAGGCAGCUAUCGAGCAUUGUGGACAUCUACUACAUGAGUGUGACACAGGUGGUCAAACAAGGGACUGACAGUGUCAUGGAGGGAGACCGGCGUCAGUUCCUGUCCUCGCCACACUGCAGGGAGGGUUUGGGUCUGGUGGCGGGCAAAUCGUAUCUGAUCAUCGGCUCACCAACAGACCUCAUGAAGACACAAGACGGUUUCCAUUAUGUGUUGAGCAAGCAGACCUGGGUGGAGUAUUGGCCCACAGACAGCGAAGGUCAGACUGAGGAGUUCAAGUCCUCAUACUCAGCAAUUCAAGACUUCGCUGGGGAACUCUCAUUGAGCGGAUGCCAGCGCUGAUACGUCAACUUGUAAAUCAUCAUGACAAGAUUUCAUCACAGGAAUGUUUGAAAUGAGAGAUUGAUAUUGAAUUAAAAAUUUAGACAUACCGGUAUAUAUUUCUGAAAAUGAUAAGGUACUGUAGCCUAUGCAAACUUGGCAAUUCAAGACUUUGCUGAGGAGCUCACAUUGAGAGCACAUCAUGAAGAUCACAUGAAUAUUUGAAAAGGGGAAUUGGAAUGAACCAAAAAAACUAAUGUCUGAACCGGUUUACAUACUCCAUUCAAGCAUUCAAGACUUCACUGACAGCUCUGAAAUGUGAACUUGUUAAUCAGCAUGACAAUACUGUAUAUCAUCACAGAAAUGUGAUGUGAGGUGUUGUGCUUUUCAGUUUGUAGCCUGCAUGGUGGAUGGAGUUCAACAACCCAACAGUAAUUCAACAGCCCAGUCAAAAGGAACUUGCACACCACUGAGGCCAAUGCAAAAUGAAAGAAAUUGAAUGCAUUAAAAAAUAAAUUAAG